GUACUUCUGAUGGCUCAUCAUGAGAUGUGCACGUUCUUUCAUGUCCUGCGUGAGAACAUAGUGCGCUUAAGAAGAAUGAAAAGCUGUGGAAUAACGCAUUCGGCGCAUUAAUAUGUAAGACCUCUUAAACAUCUACCUUACAAGAUGUCUUCAUACGUUAGUCUCUUAAUAUUUUUAUACGUAGUUAAUAUAUCUGACAAAUCGUUCGGUGAGAUGUUCACUUCAGUGAUGAGCGUGAAGCAAGCCGUUUUCGCUGAAAGACAACUCCUCGAUUAUUUAAGAACUUACUUAGAAAACGAAAUACAAAGACUUGACGAUAUCAAAAGAUUCUUCUCAAGAGUCACAUCAUUGCACAGUGGGAUAUACAAUGAUCCAUCAGCUACCAUAGCUAAUCCAAUUGUUGCAUUCAAGCUGGUCAAAAGACUCAAAUCUGAAUGGAUGAAUGUUGUCCAUAGCAAUGAAGCCCAAGAAAAUAUUGACGGCCUUAGGGAGGGCUACAGGAGAAUGGAAGGCAGCUUACCCAAGCUGGAAGACCUUCAGGGAGCAGCGCAGGGGCUGAUGAGACUUCAGGAUGUGUAUGAUCUACAUGUGGAGGGCCUUGUGCGAGGUCACUUCCAGCAAAUCACAAAUGGAAAUGCUGUUGAUAUUUACAAACCUCCUGUGUCUGAUACGCUAUCUGGGGAUGAUUGCUUCCUUAUUGGAAAGGUGUCCUAUGAUUUGGAAGAUUACUACCAUUCUGUGCAAUGGUUUGAGGAGGCAGUUCGUCUCUUUCGAGGAACAGAAUGGAGUCCAGAAAAUGAAGGCACACUUGAAGAUGCCCUUGACCAUUUAGCUUUCUCUCAUUUUAAGACUGGAAACAUAUCUUACGCCCUCAGUAUUUCCCAGGAACUAUUGCUUCAUGAUCCUGUGAACAGUAGGGUACAUUUCAACGUGGAGAAGUAUGAGAAGCUCCUAGAUGAAAGUCCGCCUGUUACUAACCAAAGUUUGGUUUUGAAAAGGCCUGACUCCACCAAUCUGAGAACCAGGAAUGUCUAUGAGAAGCUGUGUCAAACAAAAGGUUCUCAGCCAAAGCAUUUUGAGAAUCCAAGCUUGUUCUGUGACUUUUUCACCAAUGGCAACCCUGGCCUACUUCUGCAACCAAUUAAACGAGAGCUAAUCAGCCUGCACCCUUAUGUUGUACUCUUCCAUAGCUUUGUCACCCGAGCUGAAGCUAAAAGCAUCAGAGAAUAUGCCGUUCCAGGGCUCAGAAGAUCAGUGGUGGCAUCAGGAGUGAAUCAGUCCACUGCGGAAUAUCGCAUCAGCAAGAGUGCAUGGCUUAAAGAAUCAGCCCAUGGAGUUGUGGGCAAAGUGGACCAGCGCAUCACUAUGGUCACUGGGUUGAAUGUGCAGCCUCCUUAUGCUGAAUAUCUCCAAGUUGUAAAUUAUGGCAUUGGGGGACACUAUGAACCUCAUUUUGACCAUGCCACAUCUGACUCUAGUCCAUUGUACAGACUAAAAACUGGGAAUCGUGUGGCUACGUUCAUGAUGUAUCUGAGCUCUGUGGAAGCAGGAGGAUACACAGCCUUUAUUUACGCUAACUUCAGUGUUCCUGUAGUGGAGAAUGGUGCUCUCUUUUGGUGGAAUCUUCAUAGAAAUGGUCAAGGAAAUGUUGACACACUUCAUGCUGGCUGCCCUGUUAUUGUUGGCGAUAAAUGGGUUGCCAAUAAGUGGGUUCAUGAGUAUGGGCAGGAGUUCCAACAUCGUUGUAGCCUUAAUCCUGAGGAAUGAAGAAAGCAAUAGACCAUUUAAAGUACAAGAGUCAACCCCCUUGAAGGAGUAACAUUGGCAAGCGAUGGAAUGAAAAGCUGAAGAGGGGGGGAGAGAUGUCUGCAUUCAUGAGUGAUUUGAGACCACAGCUUUAAGGAGAGUGACACAUUGAUAAUUCUCAUGGCUGUCUAAAGAGCACAGGGAAAUAAAGAGAUUGCCAUAGUGUAUGUAUGUGUGUGUGGGUUAAAGAGUGGUUUGGCAUACAGCCCUAAGGGCAAGCUGACCUUUUCUUCCUGCUUUCCAAGAUAAAUUCCAGAAUGUUUGAUGAAAAUGUAAACUACAGAUGUUUACGUGUAUAUACACACACACACACACCAAAAUGAAUAAUUUGCCCACUUGGAUGUUUCUUAAUUUUGAGACACUACUUGUAUCUAGUGCAAAUCUGGUACAACAGUAAGUUGUUUGUGGUUGCAAAGUAACUCACAUGAAUGUUAUAAACAUAUAAAUAAACAAUUACAGUUUUUCUGAAUUGCUAAAACACUAAAACCCCAUCU